AUCAUGGAGGAAGAGAGAGAUAUGCCAAAGAGGCCGUGGGACACCUGCCGAGAGGUCCCGAUCAUUGAAGAUGAGCAGACGCCAUGGAAAAUGAUCAAACUGCUGAAAAUCAUUACUCUGUUUGUCGUCGCUGUGAUCGUGUUUGGAUUGGCUCUGUGUAGCAAGACUUCUUUCCUCCUCCUCGUCACCUUGUCCAACGAAGGCACAAAGACCCUCCCAGAUGACCAGAAACCUGUCGCUCUGCUGUGCAUCGGCUGCUGUCUCAUCGCCUCCAGCGUCCUCAUAUUCCUCAAAAGCAUCUGGAAGGCAUGUUACAAAACAUCAAAGCUGCCAGGAAAAGCAACAACUGCCAUGGUUCUGUUCUUUGAGUUCUUGGUGUCUCUGGGUGCAGCCAUUCUCACCAUCGUAGCAAUGCCGCACUUGGACAUCGUGACCAACGUGACGAUACUGAACGGUGUAGCCGUCUUCUCUGCGCUGCUGCAGGUGGUCGCUCAGUGCACUGCCAAGGAAAGGAACCGCUUCCUGCUGCCAUCCAUCACCGCCUUCAUCCUCAUUCUCCUCGGUUACAUCCUCUUCCUCGUCCUAUACAUUAUGAAGGAUCCUACUAAUACCAAGAUGGCCACUUGGGCAGGUCUGGCUGUUGGUGGGUCCUUCUUGGUGUCUUUGAACUGGUGGGAGAACUACUUCAGACUAAUCAGCAAGAACAGCAGCUCCGUCUUCCUCAAGAACCUGUGCAGAGACAUGAAAAAGGGCCAGAACAUGCUGCACAUCCUGUCCAGCCUGCUCAGGAUCGUGGUGACCGCCUGCGUGCUCGGAGCCUACGUCCCUCUUGCCAAAAUGGACUGGGACAUCGUGAAGUCCAUCCCGAGGCGUGAGACGAGAAUUAUAGCCAUCAUCAUCGGGGUUCAGCUUGUCUCCUCUGUGCUCUGCCACUGGUUUGCAUUGGUAGCCUGCAAGAUGCACGCCCUGCGACGAUGCUUCGUCGUGCCUCUGUACCUGGCCUCUCUGGCUGUCAUGGCUCUGCUUGUCAUCCCCGUUAUCGUUUACUAUCAGGACUACAGAACAAGUCUGAAGGGGACUGCAAGCAUCAACUUCACAGGCUACUGCAAUGUAGCUGUGGAUGGAAGAAACCAAAGCAUGAACGGCAGUGUGUUCCCAGAACUGGUUUUGGACGUUACACACACUCUGUGCUUCCUGGACAUGUCCAAGAUGCUUGACAUCGGCUUGCUGACAGGCUUAGCAGUGUCCUGGUGGCUCAGUCUUGUGAUGGCGACCCUCCAUCUGUGGUCCCUCAGCGUGUAUCGUAUCCAGAGGACUCAAGACCUAUUCAUCAGGAGGCUGUAUGAGGGACCCUUUAUCGAACAGUCGCUGCUCCUCAACACCCGAUUCGACAUUCAAACCAAAGACAAGACGAAGAACCAAAUUGAAACGGUGAUGCUGUAUCUGUGCGCAACCAUGUGGCACGAGACCUACGAUGAAAUGAUGAACAUCAUCAUCUCAAUCUUCAGACUGGACAAGUACAGACCAAAGAAAGACCCAAAGCUCCAUGACUUCACCUUUGAAGCCCAUGUCUACUUUGAUGAUGCAUUCAAACAUGAUGAGAGUGGGGGGUGUCACCUCAACGAAUAUGCCACAAAUCUUGUGGAAAUCCUCAAAGAAGUUUAUGGCAUCUUCACAAACAUCGAUAACAAGUUCUUCAAAAAGCAGCAGCAGAUCCCUGAUCAGAAGAUCAUACAGACACCGUACGGAGGUCGUCUUGUGGUCACCAUGCCACACGGGAACAAUAUCGUGGUUCAUUACAAGGACAAAGAACGCAUCCGCCACAAGAAGAGAUGGUCUCAGGUCAUGUACCUUUACUAUCUCCUGGGCUGGAAACUCAUGACCAAAUACUACGGACGGUGGCAGAAGGGAGAGGAUGAGAGCAAGCUGAAAGCAGAGGUCGAGAAAGAGAAGCAAAACACCUACCUCCUGGCGUUAGAUGGAGACACAGACUUCCAGCCGGCUGCUGUGACACUGCUCAUCGAUCGUCUGAAGAUGUACCCACGUGUCGGGGCAGCGUGUGGCAGGAUUCACCCCACUGGAUCAGGUCCUGCAGUGUGGUUCCAGAAGUUCGAGUACGCCGUCAGUCACUGGCUGCAGAAGACAGCGGAGCACGUGUUCGGAUGCGUGCUGUGCAGCCCCGGCUGCUUCAGUCUGUUCAGAGCAGCGGCGCUGAUGGACGACAACGUGAUGAAGAGAUACUCCGCCAAGUCCAUGGAGCCAAUUCACCACAUCCAGUAUGACCAAGGUGAGGACCGCUGGCUGUGCACUCUGCUGCUGAAGCAGGGAUGGAGAGUGGAGUACAACGCGGCCUCUGACGCCUACACCAACGCACCUGAGGACUUCAAAGAACUCUUCAACCAGCGUCGGCGAUGGGGACCAUCCACAAUGGCGAACGUGGUGGAUAUUCUUGGCUCCACCAGCAUCAUUUCCAAGAGGAACCCGUCCAUGUCCAAACCUUUCAUGUUCUACCAGCUGUUUGCCAUCACCUCAGCCAUCCUGGCCCCCGCCACCAUCUGCCUCCUGAUUGCAGGUAGUUUGACCUUCAUCUUCAGCAUGCAUUCCAGCGCUGCCCUGGUCCUGGCUGUGAUACCUCCUGCCAUCUACUUGGGUCUUUGCUUCAAACUCAAGGCGGACACUCAGAUCACAAUAGCAGCAAUCUUGAGUAUCAUAUACGCCUUCCUCAUGUUGGUGGUGACGAUGUCCAUUGUAGGCUCCAUGGUGAAGGACAAGACCAUUCUGACACCCAGCAGCAUUUUCGUCAUCGCCAUGGCCAUGAUUUACAUCAUAACUGCGCUACUGCAUCCUCAAGAAAUCCAGCUGGUGUUCCACGGCUUCCUCUACAUCAUCUGCAUCCCCAGCGCCUACCUCUUGCUCACCAUCUACUCCAUGGUCAACAUGAACAAUGUGUCCUGGGGAACACGGGAGACGAAACCUGCUGCCGGAGCUGUCCAACCUCAAGCCACCACCCCGCAAACAACAGGCCAGAAAGCCAAAAGCACCUUCCAGGAUUUCUUCUCGUGGAUUAAAUGCUGUAAGAAACCCAGCCCGAGAUCUGGAGAAGGGCAGCUCAUUGCAAGCCAGGAGAGAGAGAGCCUGAUCCCACAGCCUGAGCCCCAGCCACAAAACACUAUCGUGGAAGACGUGAGGAUCCAAGAGCAAGAACAGAGGCAAGUGGAGUGUGCCGUUGAAGUUCCUGUCCAAUGCUGGGUCACGCAACUACAGAAUGUGUCCACUGACAUGCAACUGCAGGAGGACUCACUUGACCAGGACGAGGUGGACUUCUGGAAAGGGCUUCAGGAGAGGUACCUGCAACCUCUGGUCCAAGACAAAGAGAAACAGAAAAAGAUGGCCAGUGACCUGCAGGAACUGAGAAACAAGAUAAACUUCGCCUUCUUCAUCAUGAACGCCCUGUGGCUGGUGGCGACAUUUACCCUCCAGAUCUUCGAGGCCUCCUUCUCCAUCAAGCUCCCCAAGCUCGGCCUCGACCUCGAGUACACCGGAGAAGACGUGAGCAUCGAUCCCAUCGCCUUCAUGUUCAUUCUGGGGUUCGCUCUAUCGGUCGUGAUCCAGUUCGUGGCUAUGAUCUACCACAGGGUCAACACUCUGAUACAUUACGUAGCCUUUCUGGACACACAGCCCAAAGAGCAAAAACCUGAAAAAGAAGAAGACCAACAAGGCAAAAAGAGGAACUCUGUGUCUCAGGCUGACUCCACCUCCACCUUCCAAGAGGAAUCUGAAGAUGAAGAUAGCGAUGAUGAGUUUACCUUGAACUGGUACACCAGAAAUCAUAAUGGGGAGACACUGGUGUGAAAACAGACUCUGGGCGCAACCUUUUUACCAAUUUUAGCACUUUAUCUAUAUAUUUUAAAUAUCCACUGUAUUUAUGUUUACAUUUAGUCCAGUGCAAUGUAUUUAUAAAACUCUUUUAAAGUGUUUCACAGCGAACAAAUGAGUUCAAGAUGAAAUUAUGUUUAAAAGAAAGAAGAACACAACCUAUGAAAUCUUUGUGUGUGUUUGUGUGUUUGUGUGUGUGUGCAAAUGGAAAAAUCAGGUCUGUAAAUUCAAUACUGUAUGUUAUUUAUGAAGGAUCUGAAGUGACGCCGUUCUAUGAAUCUUAGUGCUCUUUGAGUUUGCAGCUUCUGUAUAUAAUUAAACUGAAAGGGAAUUAAUGAAGUUCAGAAAUGAUCGACAGUGUGACGAGAAAUGAGACCGUCACAGCCAAACCGAUGAAGGUGUUUUUAUUGUGAAAAAAGUGAAGGAAGUGAUAAAUCAGGGAAUCUUUAAAAUAGACAUGGCGUCAUCUUCAUCAAGUAUAUUUACAGCUGCUGUCUGCAAUUAACUUAUUUUACCCUCGUUUGAUUUUUCUGGAAUUUUCUUUGUUGCACAAGAUUUAAUAAAUUUUUUUCCACAAACAAUCCCACAGACAGUCAUCAAAUGAAAAGAAAAAAACGGGUAUAUUUGUUGUGUAUUUCCUGUAUCGUUAGUUGUUCUCUGAUGGGUCAAAAAGCAGCGAUGGUAGCGGUGUUGUGUGCGUCAAACUGUAGCAAGCACUCAUGAUCUUCUUUUAAUAUUUAUUUUUGAAUGAAGGCAAAAGUUAAAGUCAGAUUAUGUUUCUUUGCUGUCUUGUUCUACCUGUUUAUGAGUGUCGAUGGAUCGUCUGUUACAGGUGGUGUUGUGUUGCAUUGUGUUCUUGUUUCUCAGUAAAACACUUUGCGGUGACGUUUGAAAAAAUACGAAUAGUUUUCGGAGACUUAGCUGUUAACUGCUGGAGACAAAUUAAACACUGUUAAUGCUGUAAUACUGUAGUUUGUGAAAUCGUUUUAUGUUUGAAACAUUAAAGAAAAGACAAAUAAAGUGUUGGUGAGAGAAAUGUAUUUGUGAAAAUGAUUAACCACAUACAUCCAUAUCAGGCACAUAUAACACAUCAAACUCUAUUAUAUGAAUGUUUCCUAUAUGUCCAUACGGUACACUGCAGCUUUUAAACUGCAGUAAACUGUGUUCUUGUUGUUGGUUGAAUAAAAUGUUGGUGAUUCAUUGC